UCUGCACUGGUUCCCCAAAACUGUUGGUGGCAAGAAGCAGACCCAGGCUGAGAUUUUUGUCCUUACCAGCACGGAUGGCAAGUCUUUUUAAUCUAUAAAAUCUGCCCAGUGGUCUGUUGGGGUUUGUUUCUGAAUUAACUUGUAGAAUCAGUGUUUUUUUUGUUUUUGUUUUGUUUUUUAAUGAAUUGUUCAUUCACUGAACAGCCACAUGACAAGGAUGAGUGAUUGUUUUUAGUUAUAUCUAGCCAGGGAGAUGAAAAUUGUUAAUACAUUCUUUAUGGUAAGGGAGAUCAUCUUGACUAGUUUAAUAAUUGAGCAGUAAAACUGAUCUGGCUCUCAAUGAGCAAGAGAAGCUUCUUGAUUUCACCUAAGAAGAAGGAUUUUAGUAUCAGAGUAAACAUGAGUUCAUAUCUAGUCUAUUUUUCAGUAGACCUUCACUGUUGAAGUCAAUAAAACUAUACAUGUAAUGCUAAACUUCACAGCACAGUUUGUUUGACAUGUAUGUACACAGCCUCUUAUGUCUCUUUUUGGUCUAUACUACACAUACACACAUGGAAUAUGGAUGUACUGUUAUGACAGGCAAUGUGUGGCCACAACACUAAUGGCAGUGUAGGGUUGCAUAAACACACCCACAAACUGAAGCAGCAAUUUUCUCUGGCAGGCCAGAGAGAAAGUGAAAACUCUGUUACGAUUCAUUUUUGUAACUUUCUUCUCCUUCUUGCCAUGAUACAGUUAAACAGAGAUCAGGUUUCAUUGAAAACAAAAACAUGGCAAUUACACAGUUUUAUUCUUUUUAAUUAUGGUGUGUACUGAAAGAGCUUGUCCUAAAAUUUUAAAUCUGGAUUCUUUACAGGAGAUCUGUGUGAUAUAGUUGAAAAGAAAGCAGUCCAACAGCCAGAGUUUUAUUAGCCAACAAGGACACUGUGUGUGGAAUGAGGUAGACUUGGAGAUUACCAAAAUAAGCAUGAAGGAUAUUACUGGGUCUUCUGGUUGGCACAGCAGUUCACCAGUCUCAUUCUCUUUCAUCUUGUGGAAUUACAGCAAGUUCCACCUGGCCUCCAAGAUAGGGCGCAUUGAGAAGAGUGUUGAAGCACACAAAGGAGCUGUUCUGGCAGGAAGAUGGAACUAUGAUGGGACUGCUCUUAUCACAGCUGGAGAAGAUGGGCAAAUCAAGAUCUGGUCAAUAAAUGGAAUGCUACGCUCAACAUUGGCUAACCAAGGGUCUCCUGUUUAUUCUGUGGCCUGGGGUCCAGACUCAGACAGAAUCCUCUACACAUCAGGAAAACAGCUGGUCAUCAAGCCUCUGCAACCCAGUGCCAAAGUCACACAGUGGAAGGCUCAUGAUGGGGUUGUUCUGAAGGUGGACUGGAAUUCAGUCAAUGACCUCAUACUAUCAGGUGGAGAAGACUGUAAAUAUAAGGUAUGGGACAGCUUUGGCCGCCUGCUGUACUCCUCGUCAUCUCAUGACUACCCAGUCACCUCUUUGUCCUGGGUUCCAGAUGGAGAAGUGUUUGCUGUGGGCUCCUUCAACACCCUGCGCCUAUGUGACAAGACUGGAUGGUCUUAUGCAUUGGAGAUGCCCAAUACGGGGAGUGUGUUCAGCUUGGCCUGGUCUGCAGAUGGCACCCAACUGGCUGGGGCUUGCGGCAAUGGGCAUGUCAUCUUUGCCCAUGUGGUGGAGCAGCACUGGGAGUGGAAGAACUUUGUGAUUACUCUUACCAAAAGGAGAACCAUGCAGGUGAGGAAUGUGAUGAACGAUGCAGUGGAUGUGUUAGAGUUUAGAGAUCGAGUCAUCAAAGCCUCUCUGGCAUACAGUCACCUGGUGGUUGCCACUUCCCUCCAGUGCUAUGUGUACAACUCAAGAAACUGGAAUACACCCCUCAUCUUUGACCUAAAGGAGGGAACAGUCAGCCUCAUCCUGCAAGCAGAGAAAUAUUUUCUGCUAGUGGAUGGAGCAGGGCUAUAUACGUUCUCCUACGAAGGUCGACUGAUAUCCUCCCCCAAGUUCCCUGGUAUGAGAGCUGACAUCCUAAAUGCUCAAAGUGUCUCACUUAGUACAGACACCAUUGCCGUCCGAGACAAGAAUGAUGAAAAAGUCAUCCUUCUCUUUGAUGGCCUGACUGGGAAAGCCCUUGGUGAUGGGAAACCUUUGACCCACAAGCUGGAGGUGGUGGAGAUCGCUCUGGACCAGUGUGGCCCAUCCACUGAAAGGAAGAUUGCACUGAUAGACAAGAACCGUGACCUAUACUUAACCUCUGUGCGUCAUCUUGGGCGAGAACCCAAAAUCUGCAAAAUUGGUAGCAUGGUUCACAGUAUGGCAUGGAAUGAUGCCGCUAACAUCCUGUGUGGAAUCCAGGACAAACAGCUCACAGUUUGGUACUACCCGAGUGUUGUCUUCACUGACAAGGAGCUGCUGCCAAAAACACUGUACAUAAAGGACGACAGUGAGUUCAGCCGUGCACCCCACAUUCUAAACUAUGUUGGCACCAAAGUGACAUUACGCCAAGGAGACGGUUCACUGGUGUACAGCAGUGUACCUCCCUACCCAGCCCUCCUGCAUGAAUACAGCGCCUCUGUACGCUGGGAGGAUGCACUGCGCCUAUGCCGCUUUGCUAAGGACCAGUCUUUGUGGGCAUGUCUUGCUGGUAUGGCAAUGGCAAACAGGGAGCUGACCACAGCAGAGAUGGCCUAUGCUGCCAUUGGAGAGUUACCUAGGGUGCAGUACAUAAACUUCAUAAAGGAGCAGCCAUCGAAGGAGUCAUGUUUGGCCCACAUUCUGAUGUUCAGUGGUCAGGUCCAGGAGGCGGAAGCCACUCUCUUACAAGCUGGUCUCAUCUACCAGGCCAUACAAGUCAACAUUGACCUUUUCAACUGGGAGAGGGCUCUGGAGCUGGCAGUCAAACAUAAGACCCAUGUCGACACUGUGCUGGCCUAUAAGGAGAAGUUUCUACAGAAAUUUGGCAGGAAGGAGACCAAUAAGAGAUUCCUGCAGUAUGCUGAGGGUGUGGAGGUGGACUGGGAGAAAAUCCAGGCAAAGAUAGAGAUGGAACUGUCUAAAGAGAGAGAGAAAGCCGCUCAUGCCUCUGUGAGGAGCAGUCUGGCCUCAUGAUGCUGACAUUCAGGGUGCCUUUCUCUAAAACAUCAGCUUUGCAGAAAUAGAUUCCCAUGUGUUUCUGACAUUUGGUAAAUAUUAGGUGGUUUGGCUCGGCCUCGGGGUAAUAAAACAUUUCUGUACUUGAGGUACAAUGUACAUUAACUUCAAGUAAAAACAAAAGGGACCAUUUGGAGAUCUGAAGAUUAGUAGGCCAUGAAGAAUAUGACACUUGACUCUGACUUGCACUACAGUCUUGCGGCAUAUGCUGCGUAAUAUAAAACAUUUGUAAAUAGUAGAUGACAUUCUGUUGGGUGAUUCCUGUUUUGAUAAGAAUCUCUGUGUUCCUCAGCAUUACGGCCUUUCUGUUAUAUCAGCUUCACAGUGGUUCAUUGUGUCACGUUCAGUUGUGACCUCUUUCUGUUUGUUGUAAUUGACUUGGUAUGUACUGUCGUGAACAAAUGUAUUACUCUGAUUCUGUUUUUAUAUGGAUAGAUAUUUUUAGUUUAGAUAUUAAAAACCUUGCCUUCUGUAAACACUAAAAUGAAUAGUUGUUAAUAAAACAGAUGUAAAUACCAUAUACAGUA